CUAAAGUCUUCAAACACUAUUCGGCAGCACCAGAACAAGGGCGAAGAACGCCAACAACGCUGCUUGUGUGGGUGCUGAGUGUGCGCGAAGACCAAGAAGGAAGACAAGGAAGACAAGACAGGACGCUUGUGCCGUGCAGCGUGUGUGUGUGUGCGUGUAGCCAGUCUUGGUGUGUACGUGAAGUGACACGAUGGUGGAGAGUUGGUUGUGGAAACGCCGUCCAAAGGACUUCCGAAAGAAGCACUGGGACCACCGCUUCUUCAAGGCUGUGGACGAUGUGAUCCUGUACUACAAGUCCGAGUCUGGCGGCAAGGCUCGUAAUCGAAUCCCCAUCUGGACCAUUGUCAAGAUUGAGAAGAUGGUGGCGGACGUCGCACAGCUGCCCAAGAACCUGGUCCCAUACUACCGCUUUGGCUUCCGCAUCAUCACCGCAGACAACAACGACUUUGAACUCCUGGCAGCGGACGAGGAGACGCGCCAGCUCUGGCUGGAUGCGCUGCCGCAGCUCGUGGCCAAGUGGACGGCCGAGGGUCCAAAGGCAAAGGAUACUGCAGCCGUGCACCAGACCCUGGCAGACCCGGAGUCACGCAAGCGCACCGCAAGCGGCCUCUCGCUGUCAUCGUUGGCCUCUGUGUUGGACCGUCGCGCCACCUCUGCUGCCGGCAACUCUGCCGAUGACUCGUCACCAAGCACAUCCCGCCACAGCACCAUUGCUGUGCAAGAUGAGAACGGACACCGACAGCCGUCGUUCAGCAGCGCAGCCAUGGACAAUGGAGACAACGAUGAUAAUGAGGAGCAGGGGCAACAACAACCCCGCACACAGCAGCAGGACCACCAACACGAGACGGAUGACGAUGAGGUGGAUGAGGGCGGUGCCGGCACAACAGCACACGCGCAGGCCGAGACGUCGUCACGAUCGCACGGUCUGCAGAUCUCCGUCGACGACCCAGAGGCGCGAAUGCUCAACCCGCCGUCCCAGCCCACGCACGUGCCCGCUGGCGACUCAACCUCGGAAGAUGAUGGUGGUGAUGGUGAUGGUGGCGAUGGUGGUGAUGGCGCAUACGCGCACGCGCACGCGAACGGCGCAAGGGGUUAUGGUGAUGUGGAGGCCGACUUCUCCAGCACAGCAGCACCGUUGUCGUCGAAUGGUGGCGGUGAUUACGGCAUUGUGGACGGCGAUGAGGGCUCUGAUGACGACGACAUUGACUUUGGCCAAGACGAACCAGACACCGCCGGCGAUGGUGCAAUGGUGUUUCAGUCUGGCGCCACAAACACGCAAACAAUCCAGGGAUUCCUCUUCAAGCGCGGGUCGCCCGCGCGUCUCGUUGGCGUCGUGCAUAACCAGGCAUGGCGCCGCCGCUGGUGUGUCCUCGCAGACGGCUAUCUCCAGUACUACGAGCGCACCACAGACACAUCCCCGAAGGGCCGCAUUCCUGUCUCAGACAUGCUCGGCGUCGCCGUUGUCACAGAGCGAACAAAGGACGCCCGCCCGCUGACAUUUGAGCUUCGAAUGCAUUCUAAACGCAACUACAUCUUCAGUGCCGAGAGCGAAUCAGACCUUGACAAGUGGGUGUCGUUCAUUGACGGGCUGAUCACCAAGUCGCAAAAGUCUGGCUUCCUGUACAAGCGGGGCGGCAUCAACCGCGCGUGGAAGAGCAGAUGGUUCGUCCUUCGCGACGCGAAACUCCUCUACUACGCUCAAAAGAAUGCAACGGGGACGGCUGCUGCGAAAGUGAUUGAUUUGACGCGCGCACGAGGAAUCCAAGAGCUGGACGAGCUCGAUGUGGGCGAUGACAACUGCUUCCAGAUUCUGUGCGACAACCGCACGUGGACGCUGCGCGCACACGACGAAGUGGACAAACUGGACUGGAUCUCCGCCAUCCGGUGCGAACUUCCAACACAGAACAUCAAGAAGAGCGGAUACUUGUCGAAGAAGGGCGAACUCAACACGAAGAGCCGCCGCCGCCGCUGGUUUGAGCUCUCUGAUAUCACGCUCGCCUACUACGACUCAAAGGAGACGACGCAGUUCAAAGGCAGCAUCACGCUGCGGGCAAUACAGGACGUGGUGCUCGGGUCUGACGAGGCGCCAGCGGACAACACGUCCUUUCGCAUCAUCUGCGCCCACCGCACGUACACGCUCUCUGGCGACGACGAGCAGGACGUGGCAGACUGGGUGGAUGUCAUCAACAUGUGUGCACACGCAGCGCAAGCACGGCCAACGCUCACCGCCCGCCCGCAGCUCCGCGCCAACUCGUCGGAUGAGGACGAGGACGAUGACGAUGGUCUUGGCAUGCGGCGUGGCAGCAGCGUACGUGGUCGUCGUCGCACAGGCAGUGGUGCCAUGGCCAAGCAGCAGCAGCAGCAGCAGCCAAGGAGGAGGAAGAAGAAGAUGCUGCGACGCACGGAGACAGCGCUCCCGGGUGAUGAUGACGAGGAUGAGGAUGAAGACGAGGUGCUUGGCGGUCGCGGCAAUGAUGACGACGACGAUAUUGAUUUUGGUGGUGGUGGCGGCGGUCGCAUGGCAGCGCGAACACGCGCUCGCUACGGUGACGACAAUGAUGUGGAUGACGGGAGUGGGGAUCUUCCCACCACCCGCAUGCAGUAUGGCCGCAGUCGUCGCGCUGGCGGUGGCGGAUAUGGCGAGUGGGAUGACGAGUAUGAUGAUGACGACGAUGACGACGACGAUGAUGCAGCCAGGUUUGGUGAGCGGGGCGCGUACGGACGCGCGCAGCAGCGACAGCCUAAGGAGACGCUUGCGGCGCUGUCACAGCACAAGGCCGCGAACACACGCAGGAAGCGCGGUGGUCGCGGUGGCCGCGGUGGUCGCGGGAACGGCGCCACAGCGGUGUGGGCGAACGAUGCGUAUGACCGCAACCAGGACUACGACGAGGACCCCAUCGAUAUCCCCGAUGCGCCGUUCUCCGUCACGGAAUCCCGCUCGAGCGCAUGGGCGAACGUGAAACCGGAUGACCUCAAGGUGGAGCCACGACAACCGCUGGCAGCGUCGCUGGCACGCGCUCUCAACGACGACAAUGACACCAAUGGUGGUGGUGACAAUCGCCACCGAGGCAGCAACAGGAGCGGCAGCGCUGUCGCUGGCGAACAGCAGCAACAGCAGCAAUAUGAAGAGGAGGAUGAGAACACGGGCCGCAGCUUGCAAAGUCUUGAGAAGCGAGCACAGGCUGGUGCUCUUCGCAGCAAUCGCGACACAACACCUGCAAGCUGGAACACGCAGGAGAUCACGCGACGUGAGCGCGAACGUCUGCUGUCCUCCACCGCCACAAAAGCGCCCAACCCAACAGCACCAGCAGCGCAUCCGCACGCAUUGUCAUCAUCGUCAUCAGCAACAGCAACAACAGCAGCCGCAUCCACGGGCACGUCGACACCUGCAAUGGGGGGAGUGGACCGUAUUUCCCCCACUGCCAGCGCGACGAGCACAGGAUCAGGGGAGGGCCCCCAGUGCAUGACGGUUGCGUCACCGUCGCUGCUGCGCGUCAUCUUGCACUCGAACCGCCGGCCGGGACACGCGAACGUCAUGUCUGAGAAGACGCCGCAGAACGAAGCAGUGGACCGCAUUGCCCUCUCGGGCUGCAUUCUCGACUGCAGGAACGGCAUCUGGUGCCUUGCGCCCGGGUCCAGCUUCCACACAACACCACCCUCCACGGGCACACACCGGGAGGAGUUUGUGCUGCCGCCGGGCAUCUACGCACAGUUCCACCACGACUGCCGGCAGUGGUUUGUGAGCAGCACGCGCCCUGCGCAGGAUGCAGCAACUGGGGCGGUGGCGGGCAGUGGUGGCAGUGCACCCCAGGCCCAGCUCGUUCGCUCCCAAACGGCCACGCCAGAGGAGAUGCGCUUCGCUCAGAUGGGCGGGCUGCGCAUGAUUGCUGGCGUCGACACCGCUGUCAAGACCAUUAUGGAAUUCCUCUGCGCUCCAGUCGCCAAUGGCCAGCACCCGCAGAAGGAGCUGCACCGACGUGCGGAUGACUCCAUCACCGCAACUGUUGGCGUGUUGAUCCGCAAACGCCUCUGCGAUGCCCUCUUCCGCAUUCUCACACACGGCCUCUACAAGAGUCGAAUGGGCGGGCUGAUCAAGGUGGAUGUGUGGGAUCUGUUUGUGGCGGCAACCCCACGACCAGUCCCAAGCACACCCCAAUCCCUCCGGCACGCGUAUGCGGCCAUGCGUGAUCUCCAACACAACGUGAACAUGUUGAACGAUAACCACGUGCGUGCGCGCUCGUUCAUUUGUGCCGGUCUCAACCACAAGUUUCUCGAGAAGUGGCUGUUUGCUCUCUACCGGGACAAAGCGCUGCUUGCAAAGCACUUUGAGCCCAGGAGUUUCCUGCGGCAGUGCCCCAGCAUCCAAUUUGAGCAGUUUGUGCUGACCCUUAACCCCCUCCUCUCUGUCCCCUUCCGCCUCCACACCGCUUUCGAGAUGGAACAUCGCGUCAAGCGCCAGCGCUCCGUCCGAUCGCGCAACACUGCAAGCAACAGCACAGUAGCGCAGCAGCAGCAUCAGCAGCCGCUGCCCAGCGGCAGUCACGAUGGGCGGCAGGUGGCUGACUCGUUCCCGGCCGAUUCGCGCGAUGUCGUCACACACUUUGAGGAGCAGGCGGAGAUUGACGAUGCAAAGCCGACGUUUGUUCGCGCCCUCUUUGCCAACGACGUCCCAGAUGACGAUGCGGAACUGCCAUUCCAACCGGGCGACAUCCUGACGUUUGAGGCGUGGCACCCAACCAACAACGAGUGGUGCUUCUGCUCAUUGCACGGUCGUCGCGGGCUCGUCCCCGUCAGCUACAUUGAGGUGCUGGAUGAGGUUGAGGCAGCAGCGCACCAGGCCACGCAGUCGUUCUACUCUGCGCCGAGUGACGGCGACACACCCAGCGCCGCGCUCGCGUCGUCGUUGCCGCCAUCAGCGACAGCACACGCGCCAGAGCCGUUCAACCCGCUCGCUGACCACGGCGCGGAGGACGCACGUGCGAUGGGCAUGAUGCGAAUGCCAUGGGCGCAUGAGGGCGGCGCUGUGGUGCCUGCAGACGAUGACAAUGGUGAUGGUGGCGAUGAUGGUGAAGAUGCUGUGGUGCGUGAUAGCCAAGUUGUUGUUGGCGGUGCUGGUCAAGACGAAGAAGAUGAGGAUGGAGACGUUGAGGUGUAACCGGCUGCCCGUUGAGCGCGUGGACACGUUCCUGAUAUGCAGUGUUGUUUGUGUAUGUGUGUGUAUGUAUGUGUGAGAUAGGUGUAUGUGUGUGAGAUAGGUGUAUGUGUGUGUGUGUGUGAGGUGUGUGUGUGUGUGUGUGUGCGUGUGUGCACUGCUG